CGCAGGGGGAACAUUCUUAGCCCUCUCCCCGAGCCGCUGAGGUGACUCACGCCUCCCUCCUGCCAGCAUGGAGCAAGCCACCACUCAGAAGGCUUGGUCCACCCCCAACAUCGGCUGGUGUGGGGAGACAGGCAUCUGGAGAGAGGAGGUGCCUGGGGGUCCAUGCAGGGGCAGCCAGGCUUAGGGAUGGGAUGAGAGAGCAGGGUCCAGCCUUCGAGGUUUCUGGGGUACAGUCUGAAAAGAGGUGAGUAAACAAGCCAAGGAGGAAACUCUGGGCCAACUGCUGGCUGCUGCUAGUAGCAAGGAAUGGAGGGGACAGGACAGGAUGGGUGGACCUGAUAAGCCACACAGGGUAGAGCUGCCCCAAGCAAAUGCUCCGUGAUUAUUCUGCCUUCCAAGAGACCACCUUAAGUCCCGGAGGCCAUGGACUAGGGGCAAGCAGGCAGGGUCUUUCGCUGACCCUGUGGACUCCAGACCAGGAUAAGAACCAGCCCUCUGGGUUUAUUCCUUAUCCCAGGGGCCUAUGGAGCUGGCUCCCAGGCAUAUGCCCUUACCUCACGGGACUUCAUGGGUACACAGUAGAGCUGGUCCUCAAGGUUACACCCUCAUCCCAGCCCCAGCCUACAGGGCUGGCCCCAGGGUAAGGCCCCUAUCCCCGGGGCCUGCAUGGAUACCCUGCAGGGCUAGUCUCCAGGGCCAUGCCCCUACGUGAGAACACUGCAGGGGUAUCCCUGCUCAGGAAGAUGAUAGGCCAUGUUCCAAAGAUCUUCUGAAUCCUCCCGAAACAUUUAUUCUCUGACACAUCCAAGUCGCACUGCAACAUUAUCCCUGGGCAGCUCAGAGCCAAAUCACAGGGACCUGCAGAGGCACACAGUUCCCACCUUCCAAUUCGAAGCUUGGGAUGCACUCCCACAUAUCCAUAGGCAAAGACUCCCCAUUCACACGUGCACACACAUAGUCACCCACACUUGAAUGCCAAGCCACUACCAGGAGGGGCCAAGCAGGCAUGGGUCCAGCAGGCCCCUCCCUGGAAGAAGCAUCUUGUGGUGCCGGCCUGGUGGGGAGGCUGUGCCAGAAAGGCUUGAUGCUGCCGACAGGUUGCCGGGAGUGAGGGAAGGAGUAGCCCAGCUCUGGGGGACCCCACCCCUAGCCAAGAGGCAAAAAAGGUUACUGCUGAGAGGGUGGCAGGAUUAGGGGGUCCUAACCCCAUCUGAGCCAGAGUAAUACCUCUUCAUCCUCAUGACACGGGAAUCAACCCAGACCUGGGGAGAGGAGCGAUAUCGGGAGCCAGCUAGAUGCGAAGGCAGCCAAGCCCCUCAAUAUCCGAGCUGCCAGCCUCUGCCUAACUCCAUCACAACUAUACCAAGCCUCCCCAAGUGUCUGAUUCUCAGGAGACUCCUGGCUGGGGACUUGGCGGAAGUUACUGGACUUGAUGCUCUAGCCCUAAGAACCAAGCCAGAGGAGCCGGGGCUGAGCCUGUUGGUGAUACUCAGUGAGGACUUGCCACACAGAAAAAGCUUUACAAGGAGAGGAACUGAGAGGAACUACAAGCUCUGCCCCUUACCCAGCCUGCUGCUCUGCACUCUGGGCAAAGAGGCAAGGCCCAGCAGUGACUCUCAAGCCGCAGGCCUCCAGCGCUGGUGGACACACCCAGCUCCUCCAACACUCCUGUCAGCUCCGGCAGAGGUGGCUGCAAGGGAAAAUGACCUCCGGCAUCUGGAAAGACCAGGACAAGAGCUCCUGUUUCCAAGAACUGAAAAAGUCAGAGGCCUCUCCAUCCCAAAUCGAGUACCCGCGGCCCAGCAGGUGCAGGGCUUGGACACUAUGGCUGGAGAAAAGUGCACUCAGUUUGGGGGGCAGAGUUGAAGCGGCUAAAUUGCUCCUGACAAGCACAGGUGUGGGAUAAGGAUAAAAAAGGCUGUGCAGGGCUGGGGCCAAGCUCAGGAAUGUAGCAGCCCAGGGCUUUGUGUAUCUUGUACAAGUAGUGCUCUGUGUAAGGAGGUCUGGUCCAGGGAGGUAUGAAAUCCGGCUUGUACCCUGCCUGCCAAGUCAUGGCCUGACAUGCUGAGUCCACCCAAAACAAGGGACAGUUUUUCCCAGUUUGUACAAAAGGAACAAAAGGCCCAGCAAUAGCCCUGCUGAGGCCAAUAUAGUAAAGGAGAAGGUAUUACAAGAUCAUGGCUUUGCCAACCCAUGCCCACUCCUCCAGCCUUCUCCCACCCCAGCUCCACAGUUAGUCCUCAAGCCUCAGACACUAUGCACACAGCCACCUGGCCCAUCCCUAAACAGCCCACCAUCCACCCCAGACAUGAUCUCAUUCAUUUGCUUCCAAAUGAAGGCAGGCCCUCCAACACCCAAUGAAAGCAAGGUAGCAGGAAGCCAUCAGAGGAGGCUUAGAGCUGCUAGAUAUUUAAGCUCUAACUCUGCUUCCCAAGCCUCGAACCAGCAAUCAGCUCUGUCCCCUAGACAGCCCCACCACCUGGCAGGAUUAAUUCUCAAUAAGCCUUGCAUUCUCAUCAGAUUCCCAAGGGUGGGGUCCAUUUGGAGCCCAGAAGCCAGCUAUGGCAGAAACACAAGAACAUGAACAGACACACACACACAUACACACACACACACACACACACACACACACACACACACACGAGACCUCGAGGUGCCAGGCUUGCUGCUGUCUGCUCUUGCCCACAGGGCUUGGACACUAUGGCUGGAGAAAAGUGCACUCAGUUUGGGGGGCAGAGUUGAAGCGGCUAAAUUGCUCCUGACAAGCACAGGUGUGGGAUAAGGAUAAAAAAGGCUCUGCAGGGCUGGGGCCAAGCUCAGGAAUGUGGCAGGUAGGGCUGGCAGGGCCCAUGUGGGCAGACAGUUCAGCCUGUGCCCACGCCAGGGCUGGCGCCCAGUCCCGCUCACACCCUUUCCCGUGGGCUGGGGAACACAGGUUCAGAAAUUCCCACGGUUCCCAGCAACCUGAGUAGCCCAGCCCAUCUCCACAGUGCGAGGCAUCUCCACAGUGAGAGGGACCUCCACAGCAAGGUGCUAAGGGACAUAGCCCAAGUGGUACAGAAGCCAGUUCAGCUCAGCCCGCAGCCCCCAUCAUCCUAACCCACCCACUCUUCCUCUGGGUC